GUCCAUCAUCAACCCUCUCUCACCAGUUUAUAGCAGCAGCUCAUCGUUUUAUAUAAUCGAAUUGCAGAUCAAACCAUGUCGUCUUGCAAGCUCACCAACCUCUGCAUCGUCGCCGCCCUCCUCCUCUUCCUCUCAUUAACCUCCACAGCUCGGGAGAUGCCUUCUUCUCCAGAUGUUAGUACAAUGAAAGUCCAACCUGAGGGGUUGAAGGAUGCUCAAGUCGAAAAAGUGAUGGCGGAAGAGAGCUGCGAGGGAGUUGGAGAAGAAGAGUGUCUGAUGAGAAGAACUCUUGCUGCUCACAUUGAUUAUAUCUAUACACAGAAGAACAACCCUUGAAAUUUAUACGUAUCUUCUCUUUUAAUCAGUUUUUGAGUAGUACAUGUAUUCGAUCAUGUACGUACUUGUUUGCAUCAUUAUGAUGUUGCUCGUGUUAUUUUUAGGAAGUUUCCUGUGUAGUACUAUGGCUAGUGUAUAAAUGAUAUCGAGAUCACAUAUACAUAUAUAUUGUUCCAUAUAUGGAAUUCUUCAAUUUCUGGUUAUUUUA